UUCAAGCCCGCUUCCGUUUCCACGUAGCAACAGAGACGCUGUAGGCACUUAUCAAACUACUGUAGCACUGAUAGCAUUGUCUUCCGUACAAGAGUACAUAAGGAUGGCGGAAGUCGAGGAGACUCUUAAGAGAAUUCAGACGCACAAAGGUGUUAUUGGCAUAAUAGUUGCUAAUGCAGAAGGAAUUCCAAUCAGAACCACUCUGGACAACUCUACCACUGUGCAGUACGCAGGGCUGCUGCACCAGCUCACAAUGAAAGCUAGAGGCACCGUCAGAGACAUCGACCCCCAGAAUGACCUCACCUUUUUACGCAUCAGAUCAAAGAAACAUGAGAUAAUGGUGGCACCAGAAAAAGAAUACCUAUUGAUUGUCGUCCAGAAUCCAAGUGAAUAAUUGCCUCCCUCACCAGAAAUCCAACAUGGACCAGUGCUCCCAUGUAGCUUACAGCACAUUGUACUAACUUGUGUAUUACUCAACCAUAGCAACCGUCCCACUCAAUGAAUGGCUCUGCCUCUGUUGUUCUGUCCUUUUGAAUAACAACCACCAUGUUUUCAGCCAACUACUUGUUCUUUCUCUAAAUUCUGAUUUAUGUAUUUUAUGCUGGGUUUUGUGGCCUCUAAAGAGUGAAAAUAAAUAAAAAUAUUACAAAUACAAAUACUGAAAAAAUUGGGAAUCACUUUCAAAGCCUUGGCUCUGGUUUGUUGAUCUGUGCUAGACCUCAUCUUAUGUGCUCCUUUCCUGAAAAUGGCUGUCCUGUGAUAUAGAUCUUAAUAUCAGAAAAAUGAAAACAAUGCUUUGGAUGAAGUAAAAUAUACAAUUAAGGCUCUUCAUACAAUGUUUUAUUACUCUACUUUACAGUUGGCUGAUAUUUAUUGUUGAUAAUAAUUUUCCAUUCUAUUAAAAAUAUAAACUUCUUAAUUCUAGUAAUGCCUACCUUAUGUCAAAAUGAUUGGCACCCCGAACAAUAAUUGUAAGUAAGAAUCAAACGAGGUUAAAUUGACAAUAACAUUGUCACACGCCAUGUGAGACCCCUGGGAGGGAGAUGCGGCCCUCCGGGAUUUUCACCGUUGUUUGCUGCAUGGAGCGAGAGAGAGAGCGCCUACACCAACACAAAAUGAAUAAGAAGCCUUUGCCCUUCCCCCUCGCAGGUUCCAGGCAAAAAUAACUAGACAGCAAUAACAAAAACUUCCCACUGGUCUGGAAAGAUGUUUGUUCGCUCAAUGAGCAGUAGACUGUUACUGCUGGUUAAUAUGUUUUGGAAGCCUUAAAUGAGCAGCCUCAUCUCUCAUUGACCAAAAUAAUCUGUUGGGGACAAUGAAGCUCAUUGUCUUGACAAGAGCACCAUCCUCUGCAUCAAUAUCAAUGAUUUUCUUGUAUUUGCCAGUUUUAUAUAGGAACAGAGGUAAUAGAUCUAGUCAUUUCCAGCACAUCCGGUCAAUUCCAUCAGAGCCAAAUCAGUGUUCGGAAUGACUUGUGGAAGCUUUGUUUCUAACAUUUGAUGUACACUAAAUAUCCAAAAUUAAAGUAAGCUUUGAAUUCAUUACACAAUUGAAUGAAAUUAGUCCAUUUAGAAAUAUCAGACAUGUUGAUGUAACAGAGUAAAUUGAGAAGACUUACAAGCAUUGUUGCUGUUGUGAUGGGGAUGACACCACUGGCAUGGGACAGGUAUAUUUUGUAUAAAAAAAUGAAAUAAAUGGCAUACUUAUAUUUAA